AACAGAGAGAGAGAGUGAGUGAGAGAGCUGAGGGAUCAGGUAGCCUUCAUCUCUCUGACCCGCAGACCCCAAACAUGAUGCCGGUUGCCGGACUUCUGCUGUGCGUCACCGCCGUCCUCUGCACCUCAGCUCUUGGUGCUGGACCUCGGCUGGAUAACGGCAAACUCUACAGAUACAGCUACAGCACUGAGGUCGGGCUGAACCGGCCGACGGGAUCGCCUGGAGGCAAUGCUGGAUUCAGGAUUAGCAGUGAUGUGGACAUCAACCUGGCCUGGAGGAACCCAGAGAUCCAGGACGAGCAGCUGCUGCAAGUACAGAUUUCAAAUGUUCAAGUUGAAAGUGCUGGAAAGCACUCCCGCAAAAACAACAUCUUCCACGGCAGCUCAGCCGAAAGCAUUCUGGGGAAAGUCAGACUUGAGGCACUUCAGAGGCCCUUCUUGGUGCUGUGGAAGAUGGGCAAGAUCAGAAGCCUCUAUGCCCAAAAGGCGGAGCCUGCUACUGUCAAAAACCUGAAGAGGGGUGUGGCCAGUAUGCUAAUGAUGCAGCUUAAGUCCGGAAAGAUGUCAGAGGCUGAUGCUUCGGGGAAAUGUUUAGUUGAGUACAAAGUUAGCAAACAUCAGGUGAUCCGCACAAAACACUUGGAAACUUGCAAAUCACAAGAGACGGGAUUCACUACUCACAGUCCAGUUCUGGGCAUCAGUGGGAAGAGUGCUGCUGAAACUAUCAUAACUCUGGAGAAUGGUAUUAUUAAGUCUGCCGAUGCUAAAGAAACACACGUUUUGUCCAUCAAUGCUCGUCAUAAAGCUGCAACUAAAGUCUUAUCCAGGCAGUCACUGACGCUCAAAGCCAUUGAGGCCGGACCCGCAGAAGUGGUGGGAAAAGAUGUCGCAGGAGUAGUGAAGGCGCUGGAUGACAAAUUCCUGUCUGUUGGAGUCAUAGUGGAGAAAACCAAAGCCAAAUGCAAGGGAUGCCCCAAUCUGAUGGAAACCUGGAAGGCAGUGAGGUCACAGCUGGAGCCGAACACACUCUCUAAAACAGAAGCACCGCGCAGCUUCCUGACACUCGUACAGAGUCUGCGCAAAUCCAGCAAGUCUGAGAUUCUGACUGUCCUGCAAAACUGCAGCAAGACGGCACUACCUCAGCUGGUGGAUGCAGUAACAUCAGCCCAGACUCCAUCUUCUCUCUCAGCAAUUCUGGAGUUCCUGGACUUCAGUAAGAAAGACGGCUUGAUUCUGCAGGAACGCUUUCUGUAUGCAUGUGGCUUUGCCUCACAUCCUACAGAGUCCAUGCUUCAAUCCCUGCUGGAAGUGUCUCAAGGAAAGAUCGGCAGCACGGAGAUUAAGGAGUCAGUUGUGAUCAUCAUGGGAGCUUUGCUCAGGAAACUCUGUCUCAAAGGAGCUUGUGAUGUACCAGCUGUGCUGAAAGUGAAAGAGCUGCUGUUGGCAGGGCCUGACAGCACUCAGGAGGAGUCUGGGGUUCAGAUGUACCUGCUAGCACUGAAAAACGCUCUUCUGCCAGAAGGCAUUCCUCUUUUAGCCAAAUAUGCCGAAUCUGAGGUCGGAGCGUACAGUACCAUUGCCAUCACAGCGCUCCAGAGAUACGACCCUGCGCUCAUCACAGCAGAGGUGAAAAAAGCCUUGAACCGCAUCUACCAUCAGAACCAGCGCAUCUACGAGAAGAACGUGCGUGCGGCUGCAGCCGAUGUGAUUAUGAGCAGUAAUCCAUCUUACAUGGAGGUGAAGAACCUGCUGCUCUCCAUCGGACACCUGCCACAUGAGAUGAACAAAUACAUGCUGUCAAAAAUCCAGGACGUCCUGCGCUUCCAGAUGCCGGCCUAUAAAUUGGUACGGCAAGUUAUGAAGGACAUCAUUUCCCAUAAUUAUGACAGAUUCUCAAAGACCGGGUCGUCCUCUGCUUAUUCAGGCUUCAUGGCAAAAACCGUUGAUGUCACUUGCACCUACAAUUUGGACAUCCUGUACUCCGGCUCAGGAGUAUUGAGGAGAAGCAACAUGAAUAUUUACGGUCAGAGCAACAACGCGCUCCUUCAUGGCCUCCAGGUGACGAUCGAAGCGCAGGGUCUGGAGUCUCUGAUUGCAGCCACGCCGGAUGAAGGAGAAGAAGAGCUGGAGUCUUUUGCAGGAAUGUCCGCUCUGCUGUUCGAUGUGCAGCUCCGUCCCGUCACCUUUUUCAAGGGCUACAGUGAUCUGAUGUCCAAGAUGUUCUCCAUGUCCGGAGAUCCCAUCAACGUGGUGAAGGGCCUUAUCCUGCUGACAGACCACUCACAGGUGAUUCCUCUACAGUCUGGUCUAAGAGCCAGUGCUGAGUUCCAAGCCGGUCUGUCCAUUGAUAUCUCUGGAGGAAUGGAGUUCAGCUUGUGGUACAGAGAGUCUAAAACAAGUGUCAACAACAGGGGAGCGCUGGUCAUCAUCGGUAACAUGACAGUGGACACAGACUUUGUAAGCGCCGGAGUGGAAGUCGGUUUUGAGACCGAGGCCACGCUGGACUUCAUCACCACUGUCCAGUUCUCAGAGUACCCCUUCCUCGUCUGCAUGCAAAUGGACAAAACCACUUUCCCCUUCAGAGAGACGGUUUCCAAGCAGGAGAAGCUGCCAACGGGACAGACGUUCUCCAGAAAGAGGAGCAGAGAUCAGGUGGUGCCAGGCUCAGAGUUUCCUCUACAUCAGGAGAACUCCAACAUGUGCAAGAAAGUCUUUGAGCCGGCCUGGUAAACUGGAACCAGCAAAAACAAAAGGCUUUCACACAAACAUCUAUGACUGUACAUGAGUGUGUGUGUGUUUUUAUGGUGGCUGUAUGUGCGAAAACCUCGAGUCAGACAGGGUUGUGCAUACACUGUAUAAAAUAUCUGUUAAUUAACAGUUUCCACUGUGAUUCACAAGUGUUUUCCGUUUAUGAAUUGCAUUAUGGGUUGUUGAUCUCUGCUCUGUCGACUUUUGAUGUUGUAAAAUCAACUCUACAGUUUAACAAAGUGACUUUUAAUGAUAUUUUAGUAGUUUGAAAUAAUAUAAUGCCCAAGAAGUAAUAUAUAAUAGGUAAAAUAACAGAAAAUGUGCUGGAAGUUUAUUACAAGGUUUUUGUAGCAUAAAACACAACAGCCCAGACAAUAUAUCACUUUAAACUUUUAAAAAUGUUAAUAAAAGUCACUUUUUCAAACAUUUCAAUAUUAAAAUUGUUUGGAAGAAAGAUCAAGACCCCAUAAAUGCAGUUCAAAAGCAUAAAUAAACAGGAAAAAUAAAACCAUGAAUCACAAAACACGUAAAGCUGCUCAUUUACAGAUAGAUUUACAGCAUACUUAAUAAUAAAGGUUUAGAGUAACCAAUAUUUCAUAGAGUAACCCAUAUUUUUUCUGUUGAUUAACAGUUUCCACUGUGAUUCACAAGUGUUUUCCGUUUAUUUAUGGUUGUGAAUUGCAUUAUGGGAUGUUGAGCUCUGCUCUGUCGACUUUUGAUGUUGUAAAAUCAACUCUACAGUUUAACAAAGUGACUUUUAAUGAUAUUUUAGUAGUUUGAAAUAAUAUAAUGCUCAAGAAAUAAUAUAUAAUCGACAAAAUAACAGAAAAUGUGCUGGAAGUUUAUUACAAGGUUUUUGUAGUGUAAAACACAACAACCCAGACAAUAUAUCACUUUAAACUAUUAAAAAUGUUAAUAAACGUCACUUUUUCAAACAUUUCAAUGUUAAAAGUUGUUGGAAGAAAGAUCAAGACCCCAUAAAUGCAAUUCAAAAGCAUAAACAAACAGGGAAAAAUAAAAACAUGAAUCACACAACACGUAAAGCUGCUCAUUUACAGAUAGUUUUACAGCAUACUUAAUAAUAAAGGUUUAGAGUAACCAAUAUUUCAUAGAAUUACCCAUAUUUUUUUCUUAGUAUGAUCUUAAGAAAUUUCUUCCACUAUAAAGAAUCUUUUUUAGCAAUUAAAAGGUUCCAUUAUUGAUAAACUUUUCUUUUUAAGAGUGUACUAUAAGGGUCAUUACAAUAGGCCCAUUUUCUCCAUUAAAGAAUGAUUAGCAUUGAUGAGAGGAAUGUAUAAAAAGGUUGUCAGGAUAACCAACGGCACUCUCGCUAUCGGAAAGAAUUAUAGUCAUAGAUUUUCCACUUUAGUUUUCCUAAGUUAUAACGUCAUAGCAUUAUAUCAGGACUGUGUAUUUGAGGUGCUACUGUGUUAUUUAUUUAAUCAGAGGGCUUUCUGACACACUUCAUCCCUCCACAGGCAGUUCGCGCUGUCUGGUUCCCAUGAUCACACCAGAUGUUUACAUUCUUGAGAAUAUUUAUGGCAGUCUUGUACAUGGGAAGAUAAUCAACCAUGAAUAAAGUUUUUGUCUUUUUUUUUUUU